AGCAACCAAGCAAACUUUUGGAACAAUGUAGCGCUUGGCAUUUCGCUUUCCUAACCUUUAUUCGAAGCAUAAUCAAAAUUUAUCCAAAACCCCUUUCUAAAUUAUGAGUGUCCCUGAGGUAACCGCGCGGGACUUGCCCGGCUCCAGCUCCUCGGCCUUCUAUGUUCACUUCCAGGAUCCGGUGAAGGAUCGUCCGCCCGUCGACCUGCAGCUCAAGAACCGCCGUCCGUCGCCACGUCACUUGGCGCGUCGGCAGGCGGCGGCGGCCGAGCGUCGCAGCGCUCUGGAGGAUCUCAAGGUGCAGGAGCUGUCGGUCCGCUUGGCCAAGGUGGCCCUCCUGACGGACCGACACCACCGGCACACCACACAGACCUGGCUGGAGGCCCGGGAUCGCAUUAGCCGCGACAUGGACGCCCAUGUGCGCCGUCGUACGACCCAGAUAUCGAAACGCCUGAAGAACCUAGUGGAGCACAACGACGAGGUGAAGGCGCGCAAGGAGGAGGCACGGCAGGAGCGGUUCCUGCGGAAGCUAGCCCACCUCUAUGAGGUCAAGACGAUGAGCACGAUUUCGCAAUUUUGGGAUAACUGAGGGACUGACGAGUGGGAAGUUUUUAUCUCACAGAUUA